CCAUGGAGUUCAGUCACAAGUGAAUGGAAUCUGUUUGUACUCGAUGUUGUGUUUCGUAUAAAAAUUAUCUGUGAAUUUUAAUUUUGCCCCUAUACAAUAACCAAGGAGAGGUUUUCAAGACUUCAGAAGUUUCUUUCUUUAAUAUGGACAUUACCAAAGAGGUAGAAAGCGCCUUAGAAGAAGAAGGAUAUGUUAAAAUUGACUCUACAUCACCCAGCACAAUGACCACUGCUACGAUAACAUCCCCUGUUUCCCUUGCCGAUAACACAUCGAGUUUAUCAGCUGGAUCUUCGGUAAAUUCUCAGCCUGUAAGUCGAGUAACAAGCCCUGUUCAACAGCAAAUUAGGGCUGAUCUCCCUUCAUCUAAUGCUCCAAAAAACCCAACUGUGAAAAGCCCGUAUGAGACAAAUUUGGGUUCAUCUUCUUCUUUAUCGACGUGGCAAAGACAAAAUUCGGGUCAAACGAGCGAGGAUGAUCAAAUCGGUAGUAUGUGGAGCUGGAUGUCUAGUGCUGUUUCAGCUGGAUUACAGACAACGCAAAAUCUGGGCCGAAAUAUCGUUGAGAAGACCAAGGUAAGUUUGUUCAAAAUAUUCUUGAAACAAAACAUAAGCUUAACUUAUUAGUUUAUUUCGAUAUUAAAUCUUAUUUAAGCUUAUAAACAUAUGUUUGGUAAUUAAAAAAGUUUACAGUUGUGUAUUAUGCUGAAUACAUUUUGAUGAUUUUCUUUCUUUGUUUCCUUUCUUAGACUUCUGUUGAAAGUGUAAUCACAACACUCGACCCAGAAAUGCAGGAUUAUUUACGUAAGGAUUUGGUUGUUUUCUGCAGUAAUUUUUAAAACUAAUUUUUGAUGGUAUCCCUUAGACAAAGGUGACUUAAUUGAGUCACGUGAUCGUGGUGCUCUUGUUAUAGGGACUGAGCAACCCUGGCAUGACGUCGUAGCUUUGGCUGUUGUUGAGGGCCAGGUGCUUGUGGCAUAUCUGAAGGGUCUCCCUGGUCUUCCUUGGAACCAGUUUCACUUUCCUUGUCAGAAUGUUAACAUCAUUUAUACUGACUUGAUUUGUGGACAGUGGUGUUGGUGUGUUCUUGAAUGGCCGAGGAGUUUAAAUGUGUGUACAUGUAUGUCAUCUCUGUGCUCACAGAAGUGCAUGCCAAAAAUCCUGGCCAUCUCUGCCACAUACCCCUUCCCAAACAUUGCACAGUUCUAACUGACAGUUUUGGCAGUCUUUAAAACAUUUGUAUAAGGAUUUCUAAUCUGCACACUGUGAGACAACUUGUUUUUCCCUAUGGAUUUUGUACUGUUCGUAGGCUUUAAAACAUAAAAAGGUCCAUCGGGCAAAUGCAACAGCUGUACGCCUUUACUGCAACUGAAUCCGCCCUAUGAGUCCUACAGUAUUUUGCUUCUGGUCCUCAGAAUUAUAUUUUUAGUUAUGGACACAAUAAGACUGCAAAGUGAUCAUGUCUCCAUGGAAAACUUUAAUCUUAGUAAAUUCAAUGCUUUGUUUUUAACAGGUGGAAGGGACCAAUCUAUAAACAUAGCUGUUACAACUGAUGAUUCUGAGGCAGUUGAAGCCAUUAAGGACGGUUUCCUACAGGUGUUUGAGCAUGUUGUGAUACAGCCACAUUCAUCUGUGUCAGGCAUUGCUCCCUUACCAGUGGGAUUCUCUGCCGGAGUUAAGGGAGCCCAGCACAGGAUAGCAAACUUAGUAAGAGGAAAGAAAAUCGUUGAAGGCCAGGUCAUUAUUGGUUUUGAAGAAAUGGUUUGUGAGCUUCUACCUGGAAAGUAAGUGUGUGUAUAGAGUCUUCUCACUACUCUGACUGGUCAUAUGGAUUGUGCUAUUAAUCAAGCAUGUCGCCAAGCGUGAGGUCAAAAUGGCUGGAUAUUAUUGGUCAAGUUAUUUUUUUGUUCCUUAUGGAACAAGAUAGAGUUGAGGCUUGUUCAAUAACAAAAUAAUCGUCUGCGAGCAAGCUCUCCAGGCUGCUCUGGCGGCAGGGUGGGAAAAGGAAGGAGGGCUUGCAACUACAUCUCCAGAAUUUGAAUUCCACCUCCAAUUCCCCUUUUUCUCCCCGUCGACUGAACUUUCAGAUUUUUGCCCAUCAGCGCAAGUGGAAACAAGCACGAAUGUAAACAGACAUUGAAAAUCACAUGCCAAGGGUAAUGACAUCAUUACUAAUGUCAUCUCUGCCAAUCAGCAUUUCGCAUCGACUUUUUCGGUGUAGAUAUUCAAACUCCAGAGACGUGGUUGCAAGCUCUCCUUCCUUUUCCCGCCCUGCCACUAGAGCACCCCAGUGAGCUUGCUCGCAUGCUAAUGAAUUAAUUGCCUUAUUCUCACUUGCUUCACAAGAAUUGAUUUUGCAAAAAGUCUUGAGCCAUUUUUCGCGAGCAAUUAAUUUCACGAUUUCUAGGGAUUUUUAGGGAUUUUUAGAUUUCCUGAGUAUUAAAUUUCACAAUUUUCCCCAAAUCGCAAAUACUCAUGAAAUUAAGUGAGAAUAAGGUAUUAUAUGGCCAAAUGCAGGAAAUCCUAAGCAUGCCUGCUCAGGAAGCUAAUCAGAAAACAAGAUUUGCUUCUUCUUGCCCACAGGUUAAUAUCCAGCCAUCUUAACCUAAAAGCUUGGUCAAUAAGAGAUUUAUUCAGAUCAUUAUACAAGUACAUUUCUGGGAAACUGCCCACCUACCCAUCCCCUAAGCCAACGUUAACACUUACUUCUCAUUUAGGGCAAAAUGUUGGCUUAGGGGAGGGUUAGGUGGGCAGUUUCGCAGAAAGGUAUAUUGAUCCAUUUAAAUAUAAUUUUUUCUAAGACCAAAUGAACCUUUCUUAGGAUUGGCUCACCUUGGCCACUCAGGUAACAGAACGUCCAGGUUUUCCUUAUCUUGCCCACUCUCAUAACCAGUCAUAUGAUAAUUAGCUAAUUAUUGGUUGGGUACCAGACUUCAGAGUGAUACAGUGUAGACCUGGUUUUCUACUCCUUUUACUUGUCUUUGUUUUCUUUAUGACUAACUUAAUUAAUUAUGGGUAUAGUUUCUCAUUACUUAUGUUAUGUAAAGAGUUACUCUCUACUUAAUGAAUUUGUUCUCUUUUGCUAGGUGGUUUGGCUUGACAUGUCUAGCUCUGAGUGACCCAACUUCAAAGUUAGAAUGUGAAACAUUCUCACAAUCAGUGCAUAUUCCCAAAUUGUACAUCUCUAAAGCAGAGGAGAGUACACCAUCAAACUAUAACUUGAGAUGGUCUGGCUUGUCAUAUACUCUUGGUGAAGUCAUUAUAGGUUCUGGACAGGCACAUGGUGACUGGCAGUCUAAACUCUCGGGUAAGCCACUUUUUCACUAUGGCUACUAACAUAGUAACCAAGGGCCUGUUUGCAUGGAGGUAGGGGACCCCAAGUAGGUGUGGUAACCAGCUUAGGUGGGGAAACCUGCCUGUCCAUAUGAUCUCUCAUUUUUUAUCAUGUUUACUUGAUAGGUGGGGUGACCACACGAGAGAUUAUAUUAUGGACAGGUGGGCUACCUCACCUGCCUGGGGUCCCCUACCUCCAUGUAAACAGGCCCUAAGGCUACUAAAUAGUCUGAAAAAGUCCCAUAUGAUGGGGCAUUUCACUGUCUUUUCUACAGUAGCUGUAACUAUCCCAGUCGGUGCCAACUGCCCUGUUGGUAGAGAGAACAUAAAAGAGACCUUUAGAUUCUAAGACAAGUACAACAGCAAGUACGAGAUUUGACUUAAAGCUUUUUCGCAUAUUCUCAAAAUAUAGACUCCCCGGAAAGCUUCAUUUUACCAUUUUUCACUAGAAAAGUUUGCACUGUUGCCUUUAGUGAAGGAGGUUACAUCCUCUCCUGAUUGCAAAAUGAUAAAAAUUCUAACAUUUCAUAACCUGUUUCUGCCACUUUGACAUUCCUGCUAAAACUCGUAGAAGAGUGAUCAAUGGCUACCACAUUUUCCCACCAAAAUAAUGCUGUGAAUGCUGUUUAACGCACGAGCACUACUUAGUACUGAGAAAAUCUUGUACUCGCUGUCCUACUUGUCUUAGGAUCUAAAGCUCUCUAAUCAUGUAACUCAACUAUUGCCCACUCUUGAGUUAUAUGACACAUUAGAGACCUUAAUAGGGUUUGCAUUUGAGCAAGGGUCAUUUUGGUGGGAAAACUUGAUAGCCGUCGUCAUUCUACUGGGAGUUUUAGCGAGAAUGUUGGAAAGGUGGAAACAAGUUAUCAAAAUGUUUGAAGUCUUAUCAUUUUGCAAUUGGGAGAGGGCUUAACCUUUUGCAAUAAAGAUAACAGUGCUAACUUUUCUGGUGAAUCAAACAUACAAUGAAGCUUUCUGGGGGGUCUAUUUUGUGAGAAUACCCAAAAAAACCUUUCAUUUAAAUCUUGUACUAGUAGUGGUUCUUGUCCUUCAAUCUAAACCUAAGGUCUCUAUUGUCAAAUGGCACUGUGUUUCUAGUGACAUGCCUUACAAAGAAAUAUCAGAAAAAAAUUAAUUUCCAAAGACCAGUCUGUCACCAUUCAUCAUAUACGGUACAAAAUGUAAAACAAUUUGGUAAAAGUUUACAUGUAAUUUAAGUAGUAAGGAUGUGUAUAUAUUUGGUUAAUGAAGGAAAUGAAAAAAGGUAACAAAAAAAACAACAACAACAACUGGCAACCAAUAGCGUAGCACGCGAAUGACGUCAAAGUGACUAAUUUGCAAUUUUUGUCUGAUUUUUGUCAGACAGACAAACAUGACUUUUUAAUGGCAAAAGUCAGACAAAAGUGAGGAAACGCCACUCUUAUUUUACAGUUUGUCUGAGUUUCGGGUCUAUAAAGUAGUAACUGCGCGCAAUGCUAUUAUUCAUAUUGGUUAAUGUUCCAUUAAUUAUCACUGAUCUUGUUAUCAUUGAUUUUUGCUGUUUUCCCUUCAGGUUCCUCCAAACGACAGAUUCUUACUCUAGCUGCAAGAACACUAGCAGGGCAAUUUAGAGACAGAUUAAAAGCUUGUGCUGAUUCUCUCAUGGAAAAUGCAGUGGUUAUGUAAUAUUAAUUCACAGUCAUAGUUAUUUAAAUGAUAGUUAUUAUUAACAAUCCAUUGACACUGUUACAAGUUAGCACAGAUAGUUGCUUUCUACUGUGAGUUAAAAAGAUGCCACAGGUACUUUCUUAAAGAUAAUUUGCUACUGUACACAAUACGUCAUGACUUUUCCUCAGUGGCAAAUUAUUUCAUUCACAGACUCAAAUUGCAGAGUGAGUCAGAAGAUGACUUAAAUUUGGAUAACACUGGUAAUUGUAAUAGACAAGUAAAAUAAUUUAUAAGUGAAGAGAGGAUGAAAUAAAGCCUAAAGUGGGUCUUGAUCAAAUACCAAAUUCUGUCUUUGAUUCACAAAAAUAUACAAGGUAAAUUGAAAGGAGAAUCUAGUUACUUAACAGAGGUCACUUGGGGUGUCGUUCCAGGCACCCUUUCAUUAUAAUUUUUGGUGAAAGAGAAAUGAAUAUAGCACAUUUAGGGACCUUUGUUCGCUUUUAUUCUCCCCUAUAAGAAGAUUGGGAAAGAAGAAUUAACCCCGGGCUAAUAAAAAACUAAAAACUGUGCCCUUUUUGGCAUUAGACUUUUUAGCUUUUUAGCUGAGACUGCGUGAUGGUACCCCAGAGAACUGUUUCUUUUAAAUGUCGUCCUAUGCAUAUGCAUCCACGAGCAUAUGGUGGAUACCGUAAAAUUCCGAAAAUAAGCCCCGGGGCUUAUUUUUUUCCAAGGCGUUUUUUGAGGGGCUUAUACGGUGGGAAAUUUGCUUUUCAAAGUCGGUUAGGCUUAUACUGGGAGGGAAAUUUACGUCCCAAAAUCGAUUGGGCUAGCUUAUAGUUCGAAGUAAAUUUAUGUCAGUAGUUUGCGGAACGUUUUUACUGAAACUCGCCUUAAGGACGUAGAACUUACUAAAACUCAGCCAUGCCAGUACUUUGUCUAUACGGAGCGAGGAAAUCUAAACCAAGAGUUCAUUUGGCACAAGUAAAAGUACUUUGGCAAAUGCAAAAGUUUAUGUGUUACUGUACAGUCUUUGUUUUCCAAGUACAAACCCCCGGGGGCUUAUAUUUGGAAGGGCGAUUUAACGGAGGGUUUUUUUGCGUCGAGAGUUUGGGGGGCUUAUAUUUGGAGGGGCUUAUUUUCGGAAUUUGUAGGUAAUUUAUGAAAAGACUAAAGGCAAAUUCCCCGGAGAACAUCACGUGCGCUGAAUUGGGAAACAAGACUUACAAGCUAAAAAGGUCAAUAGAUGUAGAUUGUAGAUUUUUAUUUUCUUUCUUUCUGAAACCAUUACAUCAAGUCUCGUGCAAUUGAACUGACUAAAUGGUAUACAGCAUUUCUCUAAGCAUUUCAUACCGUUGUUUGUUUAAUUAUCAAUCAGAUUUCUAAGGGAAAAAAUUACCGCUGUUAGUCGAUCUGUUUCUCCAAAAAUUUCCACUGAUCGUUUUUGCCAUGUUAUUUUUAAUAUCUUUAUUUUAUUUACCGGUAAUGCCUUUUAAAAAAGUACAGCGAAAAUUUAUGUUAUAAAAUUCAAAAGAUUAUUCGAAUACAUUAGUUAGGCUUUCUACAGGGGCACCCAACGGGAAUAUAGUUCAAAACCACUUAAACAUAGCAUUGUUAAACGUAUUUUAGUAUUUAAACGGUAGAUAUAGGCAUAUUUUUAUCCCCUAAAAAUUUUUCAUCUGUUCGGAUUUCCUAGCUGAAAGUCUAGUGAUCCGAAAAUUAUAGGGAUCAAAACUUACCUU